GGCGCCACACCACCUAUGAAACGUUUCUCCUGUGGUUUCAGCCAAUCCCUGCUCUGUGUUGUAUCUGUAAUCCAGCCCCUGUGUCCUGCCUCACAAACACACACACAAGUUGUAGAGAAAGACGAGAAGAAGUAGAGGGAGAAGGAGGAGGAGAGUUUGAUGUCAGCAUGAGUCGGCAGCAUAACAGCCCAGCUGUGGUAGACAGAUAGAGAUAGACAGAUAGAGAAAUAGGUGAAUAGAGAGACUAUCAAUUAGUGAGUGAAGAAGAAGAAAGAAGGAAAAGAAAAGGAGGAGAAACAUGAGUCGGCAGCAGCAGCAGCAGUCCCAGGGAGUGGUUUUAACGGGUUACCACAGCAACGCGGAACUACAGCCCAAAACUGGACCGCGUGCCUCCAGCUGUGCGUCAGCCCAGGACCACGAGCCCCCCGUGCCCAGCCGCAGAACCGGCCACUACACUGUUCAGCAGAACCAGAACACGCAGCAUGGAGACAGAUCUGGGCCUUCCUCUCCCAUCAGCGGUACCAAACCCACCGGCACUGACUCACCGUCGCUACUCAUCCCAAGCGCUGGCGCUUGGCCCAGGUCUCCGGCCUCCUCCAGCCCUAAGCUAGGCUCCAGCCCUAGACUCAGUCCCAGGUCUAGGUCCAGACUGCGGCCACAAUGCCAUCGCAGCAACUCUCAGGACUCUCUGGACGAGCUGGAGAUGGACGACUACUGGAAGGAGGUGGAGAAUAUUACCCGCUCAGGAGGAGAAGAAGCAGCGGGGAGGGGAGAAGGUGGAGGAGAAGGGGAAGUGCAAGAGGAGGAGCAGCAGAAAAUUCCUGAGGAAGGCGAACAGGAGGAGGCGUGGCUUACAGAGGCGGGGCUAGCACGGCUGUUUGAUGAUUCACUGGCAGCUGACGGGGAUCAGGAAGAAGACAGCGCGGUGUUCCUGUCCACGCUGACCAGGUCUCAGGCGGCGGCGGUCGAACGUCGUGUGACAUCGCUACAGCAGACGUUGUUACGCCGACGCAACCGGCAACAUGUUCCUGAUGUUAGGGAUAUAUUCAGACCUCCUGAAAAGGAUGAGGAGCCCAGUAAACCUAAAGGAGGAAGUGAGAACGGACAAAAAGAUGUCACUUCGGCUGCAGAAACGGAGACCGAGCUCAAUGUUGAAGUGGCGUUUUCAGAGCAGGCGCUCACUUACAGGGACAACCACCAAAGGUCAAAGGUCAUAAUGAGCCCGAACUCACCUGACGACAAACUACCGAACUUCAAGCUGCUCCGAGAUAAAACAGGUCAGACCAGAAUAGGAGAUCUGUCUCCUCUGGAUAUGAAAAAGGUGCGAAGACUGGUGCUUGUGGAGUCGACAGCUCUGUUUGACACUGCUGGGAUCGACCUGAAGGCAUACAAAGCUGUCAAAGUAAAGAGUAAAGAAAGUGGUCUAUUUGGUGUUCCCCUUGCCACUUUAUUGGAUCAGGACCAGAGGCGGGCUUCUGGGACCAAAGUGCCAUUCAUACUGCAGAGGCUUAUUAGUCAUAUUGAGGAGGAGGGAUUGAAUACAGAGGGGCUGCUACGGAUCCCUGGAGCGGCCACCAGAGUCAAGUCACUGUGCCAGGAUCUCGAGUCCUCUUUCUAUGACGGGGUGUUUCCUUGGCAUCAGUUGAAGCAGCACGAUGCUGCUAGUCUUUUGAAGAUGUUCAUCAGGGAGUUGCCCCAUCCGCUGCUGACUGUGGAGUACCUCAACGCAUUUAUCGCUGUCAACAAGCUCCCCACAAAGAAGCAGCAGCUGCAGGCUUUGAACCUGCUGGUCCUUUUGUUACCUGAAGCCAAUCGGGACACUUUGAAGGCACUUGCAGAGUUUUUCCAGCGUGUGAUCGACCACCAGGCCAAGAAUAAAAUGACCCUCAACAAUGUCUCCGUUGUCAUGGCACCCAACAUCUUCAUGUUCAAAGGCUUCCGCUCCAAGGUUACAGAGCAACAGGAGUUCUCCAUGGCAACCAGCACGGCCAACAUCGUCCGGCUGCUGAUUCGAUACCAGAAUCUUCUCUGGACAAUCCCCAAGUUCAUUAUGACGCAGGUCAGACAUCAAAACACUGAAAGCCAUCGGAAACAAAAUAAAGAGAGAGCUGUGAGGAAGCUGCUGAAGAAGAUAACCACUGACAAACCAUCAGAUAAAGCUAUCCCUGAGGAGAGCUCGCAGGGAUUCAUUCGAGUUCAAGCACCACAGUUCAGUAAAGUGUCCAUGGCCGUUCAGCUUACUGGAGAGCUGCAGGCUGCUGAUGUGUUGACACGCUUCCUCAGCCAGGACAGUUACGCGGCAGUGAAACGAGAAGAGCUGUGUCUCUAUGAGAUUGGUGGAAACAUCAAGGAGAGAUGUCUAGAUGGGGAAACGUACAUGAAAGACCUCAUCCAGCUGAACCCUACAGCCGAAUGGGUCAUCAAAGCUGUGCAGCGAUAAACUCCUUCCUACCAUCCUGCUGUGCUGGAUAACAGACUGCUCCGAUCUGCCACUGUGUACUAUACUGAGAGGAGACGUCACCUGGUUCUCUGUGGUUGCUGCUGGUUCUGGAUGGACCAUUUGCUUGUAGCAAUGAUUUUUGAACACAGGUGGUUUCACACAAAUGGUUUGUCCUGAAAACUGCCCAAAAAAAAUACAAGUAGUCCAAUGACAGUUUCAAAGAGGACCUAUUAUGCUUUUCUGCUUUUUUCCUCUUUCCUUUACUGUGUUAUAUAUAUAUAUAUUUUAUGCAAAUAAAAGGUCUGCAAAGU